UUUCCAAUUCUCGCCGAGUUGCCGCUGGAAUGCUUGCUGGAUAUCCUACUAGCGUUCGUGCCGGAGCCGGCCCUACUGUCUGUCUGACUCGCAGUCACCAGCGAAGGCACGGCAUCCUGUGACGCAUCAGCUUUACGGUGCCCGGUCGUCUGCCAUUAUAAUCCUGCGAGUCCUCUUGUUCUGCAGCCCAUGCCCAGUCACCAUUGCGCUCGCUCGCACCAGUCCCAGUCUCACUCUCAAGUUGCUUCACAGCGCCAGCCGCCAGUCAUUCCAUCGCUUGCAGAGCAAAAGAAACUCGUGGAUAGGAGCUGCGCGCUGGGCUGAAAUAUCAAGAACGUUGGCUGAGCGAGGCUGGAAACAGGCGCAUUCUCGGUCGUCGGUCGGCCCGAGGCAAAUUAGCGAGCCAUCUCGAUUUGCACCUGUGGAAGUAUCUCAGCUGAGCCGCUGAAAACCAUGGAGGUGGAGGCCGUGGAAUCGAACGCCUUGCGCGGCGCCGCCGAUCGCCGGACGUCCAAGAGGGAUCGCCGGGUUUUCUGGGCCUGCAUCUUCAUCCUCGCGAACAACUGCUUCCAGUACACGGCCUACUUCGCCGUGUCGACGAACCUGGUGAACUACCUCAAGGACCGGUUGCACGUGGGCAGCAAGGCCGCCGCCAACGGCGUCACCAACUGGCUGGGCACGAGUUCCAUCACGCCGCUCGUCGCCGCAUUCCUCGCCGACGCCUUCCUCGGCAGGUACUGGACCAUCGCGCUCUUCCUCGUCAUCUCCGUCGUGGCCUACGCGGUGCUCGCGGCUAGCGCGGCGGCGGCGCUGGAGAGCGCAGCGUUCUACGCGGGCCUGUACCUGCUGGCGCUCGGCGGCGCGCUGCAGCCGGUGCUCACGUCGUUCGGGGCGGGCCAGUUCGACGAGGCCGACGAGGCGGAGCGCCGCCGGCAGAGCUCCUUCUUCAACUGGUUCUACAUGUCCAUCAACGUGGGAUCGCUCGUCGGCGGCACCGUGCUCGUGUGGGUGCAGUCCAGCGUCAGCUGGGGGCUCGGCUACGGCAUCCCGGCGCUGCUCAGCGUGGUGUCCGUCGCGGUGUUCCUCGCCGGCACCACCACGUACCAGAGCCACCAGCCGCCGGGCGGCAGCCCGAUCUCAAGGGUCGCGCAGGUGGUCGUCGCCGCGGUCAGGAAGUGCCGCGUGGAGGCGCCGGACGACGCGGCGGAGCUGCACGAGUACGAGGCCGACGACGGCAUGUCCGCGAUACAGGGGAGCCGCCGGCUCGCGCACACCGACCAGUUCAGGUUCCUGGACAAGGCGGCGGUGGAGACGGCGGGCGACAAGGCGCGUCCGAGCCCGUGGCGGCUAUGCACGGUGACGCAGGUGGAGGAGCUCAAGUGCGUGCUCCGCCUCCUCCCCGUGUGGGCGAGCGGCAUCAUCUUCGCGGCGGCGUACACGCAGAUGACCACCACCUUCAUCCUCCAGGGUGACACGCUGGACCCCUACGUCGGCGGCUUCCGCGUCCCCGCCGCCGUGCUCUCCGUCUUCGACACCCUCAGCGUCAUGCUCUGGGUUCCCCUCUACGACCGCGUCGUCGUCCCGCUCGCCCGCCGCGCCACGGGCCACGACCGCGGGUUCACGCAGCUGGCGCGCAUGGGCGUCGGCCUCGUCGUGCUCACCGCCGCCAUGCUCGCCGCCGGGACGCUCGAGGUCGAGCGCCGCCGCGUCAUCGCGCGCCACGGCAUGUACGACACCAACACGGGCGCCGACGGGGCGUACCUGCCCAUGUCCAUCUUCUGGCAGGUGCCGCAGUACGUGGUGGUGGGCGCGUCGGAGGUGUUCACCUUCAUCGGCCAGAUGGAGUUCUUCUACGACCAGGCGCCCGACGCGAUGCGGAGCCUCUGCUCGGGCCUCUCCAUGACGUCGUUCGCGCUGGGGAACUACGUGAGCUCGGCGCUCGUCACCGUGGUGGCGCGCGCCACGGCGAGGGGAGGGAGGGACGGCUGGAUCCCCGACGACAUCAACCGGGCGCACCUCGACAACUUCUUCUGGCUCCUCGCCAUGCUCUGCAUCGGCAACUUCGGCGUCUACCUGCUCAUCGCGCGGUGGUACACCUACAAGAAGACGGUGGAUUAGCUUAGGAUUAACGAUCACCACCUAAUCGCCUGUUACGUUCCUAUCAAUUGGCCUCCAAUGGUGUCAUUGAAACAUCGAUCUCACACUGGAAAUGGUGACGGAACUUACGGGCCGGGGGAAAACAGAAAAACGCCAUUGUAGCAUAAUAUGACUGGGCUUGGCCCAGGCGAAUAAAGCCUCACUGAUUGAGCCCA